CAUUAAGCAUAUUUAGUUAGUGCAAUACUCAUUUUGAUGUCGAAUCAAUCAAAAAUAAUUAUGAUCUCCAGACUUUAUUGUUGUUUAAAGAGCCGGAGGAGCUUUAAAGCAUCAGCGCCGCGUCUGCGGAGGCGUUCACUGACAGGUAAGCGAUCAAUAAACGUCACCGCGGCCCGUCCGGAGUGAACGCCGGCCGUCCCCAAGCGGAACCGAGAGUGUUCUCUGUUGACCGAGCAGCAGCAGCUGUCUGUCAUUUCUGGCUACAAUGCGUGCGAUUCCCGACGAGAUAACGACGCUCAUCGCAGACUUGGAACAGUUCCUCUCUGAUGGACUGAAAGUAGAAAGUUUAAGCAAGAAGGGAAAAGAGAGGAGGGAAGCUUUCCUCAAACGAAUCAAGGAGGUCAAACUCAGUUUCCCCCAAGAAUUCAAGGACAAAGUAGGUGGAGACGACUCGGACGAGGAUGAGGAAGUCGACAGCAACAACGACGGUGCCUCUCUGCAGUCAGAGCGCACAGACAAGGAUGAAGACGCGUGUGAAGGUGCCCAGCAGGCCCCGGCGGUGGCAGCCCAGGACUUGACAUCUGUCGUUAAAGCAGGAUAUCUUGAGAAACGCAGGAAGGAUCACAGUUUUUUUGGCACCGAAUGGCAGAAGAGAUGGUGCGCUCUUAGCCAUCACACCUUUUACUAUUAUGGCAGUGAAAAAGACAAGCAGCAGAAAGGCGAGUUCAGCAUCGACGGCUACGCAGUCAAAAUUAACAGCACCUUACGGAGAGACUCAAAGAAGGACUGCUGCUUUGAAAUUUCCGCUCCAGACAAGCGAGUCUAUCAGUUUUGUGCGUCAUCAACAAAGGAGGCAGAGGAAUGGGUGAAACAAAUAGAUUUUGUGCUGAAAGAUAUGACGGGCAUCAUCCCAGAAGAAGAAGAAGACGACGACCAGUUCAUGUAUGAUGAUGUUGGAACUGCUCCUGGUGGCGAACCGGAUAGCGAUAUCUACGAAGAGCUGCCAGAGGACGAGAUGCCUGCCGCAGCCAAUCCUCCUCUAAAAGCUAAGGUUGGACCAUCGACCAAACUUCUCCCUCCUACUCCUGCGGCUGCUUCUGCUGCCCCUGCAGCCGACAAGAGCACGGACUAUGCAAACUACUACCAAGGCCUGUGGGACUGCACAGGGGACCACCCAGAUGAGCUGUCCUUCAAACGUGGAGAGCCCAUCUACAUCCUGAGCAAGGAGUACAACAACUUUGGCUGGUGGGUCGGAGAGAAGAAGGGCGCGAUCGGCAUCGUUCCCAGAGACUACCUGAUGGAGCUGUAUGCUAUGUAAACACGCUCUGUGUUGAGCUGCUCAGACUUAAAGCAAGUCCUGCUUGAUGCACUUGUCCGCUGUUUCAAAUUAAACGUGAAUCCGGUGUUUCAUCGUCAGCGAAGACUGAUGAGUAUCAGAAUGGCGUUUUGACUGGAAGCAUUUUCGAGCGUUUUUUUUCCCCCCACACUCUUGUAUUUAUUUUCUGCCGAAGUUAUUUGUGAUGCCCUUGUAGUGUUGCUUUCCACAAAGAUAAUAAAAAAUUCAAGCUACCACA